UUAGAUAAGAAGAACAUAUUAUAGAAGACAUUGUUGUCGACAAUGGUUCAGGUGUUGCCAAAGUAGGAUCUGCAGGAGAGAACCAACCAUGCUCAGUAUUCCCAUCCGUUGUUGCUAAGUCAAAGACUAAGCAAGCAAUUGCUGGAGGAGGUGGAAUAAAGAUUAAUUCGUUGGAGACGAAGGCCAACAAAAGAGAGGUGUUUGUACUCUGUCAUAUCCAAUAAAAGUGGAAUGAUUAAGGAUUGGGAUGGUAUGCAAAAGAUUUGGAACUAUACCUUCUCCAAUAAACUAAGGAUCGAGACUGGAAUCAUCCAGUUCUAUUGACUGGGCUCCAUUAAGUCCAAAGCAAAGCAGAGAGAACAUAUAUAGAAUUAUGUUCGAAGAAUAAGAUUUUCUUAGCAUGUAUCCACAUCCAGGCUGUCUUGUCAUUGUACUCAGCAGGAAGAACCACUAGUAUCGUUGUUGAUUCUGGAGAUGAUGUAACACAUGUUGUGCCAAUCUUUGAAGGUUAUCAAAUCCCACACGCCAUUGAGAAAAUCCUUCUUUUGAGAAGAGACCUUAUGGAUUACAUGUUCAGAAUCCUUAAAAGGAGACUGUUAGAGAUUAAAGUGAAGCUGUGCAAAGCAGGAGAAGGAGAUGAGCUAGAAGAGUCAUACGCAUUGCCAGAUGAACGACCACUCAAGAUCUCCACUCAAAGAUUGCAAUGCCCAGAGUUCUUGUUCCAGCCAGACUUGGGAGGCAGAGAAUGCAAGAGCGUCCACCAAUUGACCUACGACUCCAUCAUGACUUGUGAUUUGGAUGUCAGGAAGGACUUAUACGCUAACAUCAUUCUCUCCUAAGGAACCACCAUGUUCUCAGAACUCGGAGAGAGGCUCUACAAGGAAAUGAAAGAAUUGGCUCCACAGACAAUGAAGGCCAAGGUCAUUGAGUCCCCAAACAGGAAAUACGAAGUAUGGAGAGGAGGAUCAACUCUCGCGAAGCUAUCUUCAUUA